AUGAAGUCGCAGCAGAUCCUACUCGCCUGUGCCACGGGCGGCGUGGCGGCCAAGAACUCGCUGGGCUACAUGGUGGAUUACGGGCGAUGCCAAUGGGAGAAUUUCCUAGGCAACUUUGAGAAUCCCUUCUGCGAAUAUGAUGAUCCUUCAGCGUUUGCGCAGGUGAGCGUCGCAGAACCAAAGAGCGAAAGGACAGCGCAUGCAGUCGAAACCCCAUUCAUUUCUUCGGAUGCACAGCCAGUCAAGGUGGCAGCGCAGAAACCAGCCGAACCAGUUGUUGAGAAGAACAAAGUCAAGGAGGAGAAGGGGAAGGAGAAGGAGGCAAAGGAGGAAGAGGGAGCAGCGGAUCCAAAGCCACGCAAAGCAGAAGCACUGAAGAUCAAAAACGAUAAGCUCAUCGCAAAUGAGUUAUGGCCCAUCUCCUCAACAUGUGCCGGUCAUCACAACGAAACCGAGGAAUUCUGCAUCUUUUCGAACCCAAACUUUGCUGGCGGGAGAGGCAUUACGAUCUUGACCACGCCCGCUGAGGCGGUAACCAUUGCAAAGAGUCCAGCAUUCACGGAGCGGGACCUGUACAAGAGCGUCAAGGACUUUAACGCGGCAGCGAGCGACAAGUGGCAUGUCGAAGAGGUCCCGAACAAGGGCAUGGGUCUGGUGGCGAGCCGCAACCUGGCCAUGGGCGACCACAUAAUGAGUGUCUCGGCGGCCAUCAUGACCGACUUUGAUAUAUGGGAUCACGUCUCAGUGGAUCAAGUUCGUCGGAUGCAAACCGAGGGCAUCAGUCACCUGCCCAAGCAUCACAGGGAUAUAUUUAUGAACCUGUCCACUCAUGAUGGCGCCGACAGCCAUGAGGAACAGAUUUACAAGAUUAUUCUCACCAAUGCCUUUGACAUUUCCGACGAAGAGAUCAUUACACGCCCCAAAGGCGCAAAAAUUGUGAAUUUCUUUACAGUAUUUCCUGAAGUAUCUCGUAUGAACCAUGAUUGUCGACCCAACGCCCACUAUUAUUGGGACCCCGACACAUUUACUCAGAAUGUUUUUGCCACGAGAGAUAUUCUUGCUGGAGAGGAGAUAACCAUCACCUAUGUCGAGUUGCUGCUCCCUCGUGACGAUCGUCUCGCGCGCCUUGAUGAGACGUGGCACUUUCCCUGUGCCUGCACAGCCUGCACACAAGUCGACCGCAUAGUCAAGGCCUCGGACGACCGUAUUGCGCAGAUCCUCGACCUUCAGGGCCAUUUGACCGACUACACCGGCGACUCGUACGCCACGCCCGAGAUGGCCGAGACGCUCGUGUCGCUCUACGAGCAGGAACGCCUCUAUUCGAGACUGUACGAGGCGUACACAUAUGCCGCCAUUGAAUUUAACGCUGUAGGCAAGGUCUGGGAGGCCAUCAAGUACGCAAGGCUCGCCAUACAGCAUAGCUUUGUCGUUGCUGGUCCCAACAACGACGACCACUAUGAGUUGGCGGCGUUGGCCGAGAACCCCACGACGCAUUGGUCGCAUUUGAUGCGAAGAAAAGAUGAAAGUGAAUCCGUGUAUCGCUCAGUCAGCAACCCCAUCACGACAAGCAUUUGA